CCAAGUUGAUCGGUUCAGCGCGCCAGUUGGAAAACUAAUUCGUGAUCGGGAACGUGAUCUUCAAUAGUAGAAGUAAUAUCCGGACUUGAGACGGGUUCUAAACAAUAGCUGGAACGCCUCCCACAAAGAUAACUGAUCACAACAAUCAGUCAGGAUGGGAAUUACGGCGAUUUUAAGCCUUGGGCUGGUUUUGUGCGCCUUGCCACAACUUGUUCUAAGCCAGAACAGUUGCCUUACUCCGGCCAGAGCAGCAGGUCAGUGCAUUCGAUACCAGGAGUGUCCAUUCGUCCAAAACAUCAUCCGAAUCUACGGCCGUAAUAUACCUUCAAAGAUUCAUAGCCAAAUAAGACAGAUGGAGUGCAAGAGCAACACAAAUGAAUUCCAUCUUUGUUGUCCGAAUGAGGCGGCACCGCAGUCGGCAUCCAGUCAGGAGUCCCAGAGAAAGGUUGUGCGAUCGGAGGGCGGAAAUCUGAACCGCUAUGAUCGCCAGGGAUUGCAACUGCUUAACUCGGUGACCAACUGCGGCAACAAAGGAAAUCCCAAGGUCAGCGGGGGAACGACAGCCAAGAUCGGCGACUUUCCCUGGGUGGCGCUGCUGAAGUACAAGGUCAACAGUCCGCGUCCCUUCCUCUGCGGCGGCAGUCUCAUCAGCGACCGCCACAUCCUCACCGCCGCCCACUGCAUCAUCCAGCAGCCUGAAGUAAUUGCAGUCCGUCUGGGCGAACACGAUCUAACGACCGAGGAGGACUGUCAAAUUUUGGGUGGAACGAAUCGCGUUUGCCUUCCGCCCUACGAGGAGUUUGGCAUAGAGAAAAUUCACGUUCAUCCCAACUACGUUCACGGUCAGAUCAGUUACGACCUGGCCAUCAUUAAGCUAAGCCAGGUGGUAAAGGAAAAGUCCCACAUUAAACCCGUGUGCCUUCCAAUCGAUCAGCGGUCCCAAGAACUGUCCUAUGACCAGAGCUUCUUCAUCGCCGGAUGGGGAGGAACUGAGAAAGAGACUACGGCCAACAAGCUGCAGCAAGCUCUGAUUACCCGCAAGAAUCUGAACGAGUGCCGCCAAUUUUACAACAAGGGUGAGGUGAACGACAAUCACAUUUGCGCCACGGGAAACGGAAUCAAGCACACCUGCCAAGGAGACUCCGGCGGCCCAGUGUUCUUCAAGCACCGUUUCAAGAACACAUACCGAGUGGUUCAGUACGGAGUGGUCUCCUUCGGAGGAAACCUGUGUGGAAGGAACCUGAAUCAGCCUGGAGUUUUCGCUAACGUCAUCGACAUGCUACCCUGGAUUACUCAGAACCUCCAGUAGUGAUCCGUCCUCUGAUGGACUUGCUUUAAAAUAAAUCACCUUAUUUAUAUCCGUAGUCAUAAGAUCCCUUGCCAUAGUUAGAGGAUUCCUUAGCUUUUACAUUUAUUUAAUACAUAUAACAUAAGCAGCAUUA